AUGGAAGGAGGAGGAGAGGAUGAUGGAGCAGAGGAUGUUGCGGCCGGCGGCGCCCAGCACCAGCUGCGCGUGCCCUCUGGCGGGGCGACCUCACCCGGCGGAGCCAGGCCGUGGCGCGGUCGCGGCGGCGGGGCUGACGCUCCGGCCAAGGCACGCUCUCGGGCCCUACCUCGCAGCUACGAGGGCACGCAUCCGUUGAAUCUGGACGGAGUUUUCAGCUCAAGGCCACAACAGCGCGUCGUGGAUGAGGUGCCGCUGGCGCUCCUUAACGUCGAGAGCAAGGUGGCCUUCCCAAUCUCCGACGAUGGGAGAACGUCGUUGCCUCCACGAGCUCGCUGGCGCUGGCGCUCACUCGACCGCCUGGGAGCCUGCAGCGCGGACACGCGAGGUGCCCGAAGCUACCUCCGUCUAGAUUCAACGAAAGCUGAUCCCGCACUGCAACAAGGUGUGCAAGUCCCUUGUAAUAUGAAACUCUGUUGCAUGUUUAGUUUGCUUUUCAGCCAUCUCAUUUUGUCUUUAUUUAUCAACUCUAAUUGUCAGACUGACAAAGCGUCAAUACUAGACGAGACGAUUGAGUAUCUCAAGUCCCUCCAAAUGCAAGUUCAGGUUAGCAGCUACUCCAACCUAAACUUACAUGAUCCCUACAAGAUCAUUUGCUGGUACCGAAUGAAACUAAGAAAUAAACAUGUUUUUUGGGAUCAUGUGGAUGACUUCUGGGAUGGCGCCAAUGAUGUUUCCUGGUGCUCACCAAUUCAUGCCACCAAUGGCUCUAGGCAUGAAUUCAGGUUGCAUACCUGCACAAGGCCUAAGUCAGAUGCCAAGAUUACCAUACAUGAGCCACCCCCUGCCAAAUCAUAUCCCUCUAAACUCAUCUCCAGCUAUGAAUCCAAUGAAUCCACUGAACGCUGCGAACCAGAUGCAAAACGGUCACCUCAGGGAGGCAAGUAA